UGCACAAACGACGCUCUACUCCUCAGUCAGUCGCUUGCCGAUUGUGAGAGCAGUAGGGAAGCUUUAUUAUGUCGGAGGUAUUCAAGCUGGGUGAUCUUGUAUGGGCCAAGAUGAAAGGAUUUUCGCCUUGGCCUGGUCGGGUGUCUAAUCCUUCAAAGGAUUUGAAGAAACCAACAAAUACUAAAAAGGGGCCGGUUCAAUGUAUUUUCUUCUUUGGAACAAAUAAUUACGCAUGGAUAGAAGAAUCUAAUAUAAAACCGUAUCUUGAAUACAAAGAUACUUUGGUAAAGUCUAGUAAAUCUGGUGCAUUUAAAGAUGCAGUAGAAGCAAUAGAGGAAUUUAUUGCUAAUGGAGAGGUGUUUGAAGAUGGCUUAGAUCCAGACUCUUUGUUCGACAGACUUAAAGAAGAAAGCAUAUCUGAGAAGAAAAAUAUAGUAAAAACAUCUAAACCUCGUAAGGAAACACCAAAAACUAAAAGAUUGGACUCUGGUGCAAGUGAUGCCCGUCGUCCAGCCAAAAAGCAACGGAGAGAAUCAAGUACAAGUAAUAGUAAUAGAGUUGGCAGCAUUAGUCCUGCGUUAAAUCAUUCUACUCCUCUCAGAAAAUCAGGAUCAACUCUCCUUAACAGGCCAGCGAAUAUUGCUAGACCUGUGACACCUCCUUUGGACGUGGAAACAUUGUCGCAAACACUUAAAGAAAAAAACAUCCUUCCUUCAAACUUGAAAUUUGGGUUCCUUGGUUUGGGAAUCAUGGGAAGUGGUAUUGUAAAAAACCUAAUCAACAGUGGACACAGCGUGAUUGUAUGGAAUCGGACGCAGGAAAAGUGUGCAGAUUUUGUAAAAGCUGGAGCAGAACAAGGUUUAACGCCAUCCGAUGUGGUGCUCGCUGCAGAUAUUACAUUUUCCUGUGUGGCUGAUCCUCAAGCUGCCAAAGACAUGGUGUUUGGAAAUUGUGGCGUGCUUACAGAAAUAUCUCCAGAAAAAGGAUAUGUGGAGAUGACUGGUAUAGAUGCAGAAACAUCUCAAGAUAUCGCCGAGGCAAUAACAGCAAAGGGCGGCCGUUACUUAGAGGCCCAAGUACAGGGUAGCAAAACACAAGCGCAAGAGGGUACUUUAGUGAUCCUUGCGGCUGGCGAUCGAACUCUGUUCGACGAAUGUCAAUCUUGUUUUGAAGCCAUGGGCAAAAACAGUUUUUACCUUGGAGAGGUGGGAAAUGCUUCUAAAAUGAAUCUCGUGCUUCAGCUGAUGGCUGGUGUAACUCUUGCUGGUUUAGCCGAGAGUAUGGCUCUAGCAGAUCGUGCCGGUCUACAGCAAAAGGAUGUCCUCGAGGUAUUGGAAUUAACAUCAUUGGCAUGUCCCGCCAUUCUUGACAAAGGGAAAGCUAUCAUCGAGGGCGGUUUCCCAACGCAGUUACCACUUCAGCACAUGCAAAAAGAUUUAAGACUCUCUUUAGGUAUGAGCGACCAAUUAGAACAGCCAUUGCCGCUAGCUGCAGCAGCGAAUGAAGUCUACAAGCACGCUAAACGCCUUGGUUACGGAGAACACGAUGCCUCCGCUGUUUACAUCAGAGCCAGGUUCUAACGGAGCGUGCAUCGUCCAAGCUUUUACUAUACCAUAUUUAUUGCAAUAUCUAAUGUUGUUUCCUGUCGCUACCCGAGAAGAGUAGUGCGCUAUUUGUCGAGGAUGUACUAAAAAGUCACUAUGGGUCGUGAUGUUUCUUAGAAUGUUGAAGCAGAAUAAGUUUCUAUUGUUUCUUAACUGAAUGCAAUCAAAUCCAAUGGAUUUGAACAUAUAUUAAUAGCAGUAAAGUUGUUGUAUGCAAGUUUUGUCGUGCAUUUAAUGCAACGAACAAAAUAAAUAUACAUGUACUUUUUUUACACGUUUUUUCAAGAAUACUUUUUGAGUACACAUAGGCGAAUGACUUUAUCUUUUGUUUCGUUUUAUUUUAAUGCAUGGCGACUACUUUUCUCGAUAACAGCGUGGGACUUUAAUAGCCAAUCUAUCGAGUCGCUUCCCGGCUUCGUUCCCGUAAAAUGCAUCCCUCGCUUGAAAACUUGAGAGACUUGGGACGUGUCGAAAAUGUGCCUUACAAUACUAUUGGAAGCAAGGCUUAAAAUUUUUUUGUCUCUUGAUUAGGCUGCACAAUAAAUUUAAAUUCUUAAGUAAUACAGUAUAAUUGAAUUAAGUUUUUAUGCUGCUAAUUAACGGGAUGUAUUGUUAAAAAUAAAAAUGAUGAUUAAGGUAGAUCAUUUGCUUUAUUGGUGCAAUUUAACCGACAUAAGGUCUUCGCUUUUGUAGAGAAAUUUUGGCAGUAUUUUAGAAGCGUCCGUCGAAUGAAGCGAGCAGAUGACAGAAAAGAAUGGCCAGCAUUUUUUAUCUUUUUGAUUUCAAAUUUUUAUUUUACUUUUGCGUUGAAGGACAAAUUGUACAUUUUAAUUGUACGUGUUUAUAAAACGACAUAUUGUAGAAAUUAUUUAUAUAUAUAUAUAUUUACUCUCACGAAAUAUAACUUCGUUGAAAAAUGAAGAGAAACUUGUUGGCCAAUUUUUGUCAUCGAAUUAUUCGUCCUGGGAAACUUCUGAUAUAUCGCCAUGGAAAUUUCAGUCUCGUCUAGAAAUUUACAGAUGUAUCGGCGCUUAACAGGGCCGUAGCUUUUGGUUCUUUAUCGACGUGGCUCUUCAGAAAUUAAGCCGAAGACAACGCAAGAUUAUUUUAUUUUAGUAUUAUUACAAGUAUAAAAAUAAAUAAAAAAUGAUAUCAUGUUGAAUAGUACAUAUAUUAUGACAUAUAGAAGAGGCUUUUCGGACAUAACGAGUGUCCCUUUAAUCAUUAACUUUUAAGACUAAAUCAAUUACUUAUGCGACGUAGAUUUGCAUUAAAUGUUAGCAAUGGUAUAGAGCAUGAUUUAUGUGUUUACAGUUCAAUCGAAGUAUAAUUAUGCCCUAUAUUUUCUAUUUACUACUACUUCGAAAAAUUAUAUUAAUCAAUCACGAAUAUAUAUUUUAUAUUGUUGCAACUUUCACAGUAUGUUUUUGUUUCACGCGAUAGAAAAAGAAAUUAACCGCUUCUAAUACGUAGAUUUUUCUACUAUUCAUUAUUUUUUACUGACUUUCAUAGUUUAUGAUUAUUAUUACACGUGUUUAACGAAGUUGGAUGCAUUGGAAUGAUUUUUGGAACAAUUUCCACAGCAACGUAGUCUGGUUCUCUCUCAUCUGCACAUACUUUGCACAUACUUAAAAUCCUUUUGCGAAAAAGAAAACAAUCGUUUGGAUGAGGAAGGAAGUGAGUGGCCCUUCCGUUUCCCAGGACGGUCGUGCGAGUCUCACAAGUGACACGCGACGAAGUCGAGGGCGACCGAAAGGUUGCCAAUUUGUUUUGGAGCCAAUCAUACGAGUUUGACUUUGCUAGCAACGAGAAAUCGAUAAGUUUCUCCUUCUCUUCGUAAGAACUAAGAAAAUAGUUCUACUUGCAAACUUUCUCCUGUUAAAGAUCGGUAAAUAUUUUUAUAAAAAUAGUACAAAGGAACGUUAAAACAAUUAUACAACAGAUUGUUCAUUUUAAUUCAAUAAAUCGAUACGAGUGAUUUGUUGUGCGAUUCCUUUUACGAAUUAGAAAGGAAAACUCGUAUUAUUAGCUCGUUUAUAAAAACGAACAUUUGGGUGCGUGGGAAAUUACGUACCGCAUAGCUGAAACGGUGGCUAAGCACCCAUAUCACAUACUGUAUAUGUAAUUAGACUAUCGAUAAUUCUAAUAUUACAAUGAUAUAUUGUACGCAUAGCGUCAUUGCAUUCAUUCUUGUUAAUACAAAUGCGUAUAAUGAUCCUACGCGCGAUAUGCAAGAAAUGUAUAAGUUGUUCAAUUAUGUAACUAUUAUCAAUAAUUAUAUGUACUGUUUAAAAUAUGUAUACAUAAAAUAUGGGUACGUACAAUUUUGCACCAAGGAAUGGUAAUACGUGUAGAUAAAACCCCAUUGUGUUUAUUUUGGCACGUCAAUUGUAAAUUACCGAUACCAGAUAAAUGUUACUAUUUUGGUAUUAAGAUCGCUUGGUGUCGGAUGACUAGUCUCAAAUUGAUUUCAUGCAUAUGUUUAUGUAUGUAAUACAGUUCUUCAAGUUGUGUUAGGAAUAAAUUCAGUGAUACUAUGUGUACAGAUACGAAUUGAAACAAAAAUGAUGGAUAAAUAGAGAGAAAAAUAUUAAAUAUUCUAUAAGCAAACAUAAAGAAAAAUAUAUAUACAUAUAAGUAGUAAAGAGUAUAAAUCACAGAGAGGGAGGAAUUUGUAUGAGUGCGACUGGGUGAGUGAGAAUACGUCAUGAGCAUUGCGUCAAUAAACGACGUUAUACAUUUUGCCACGAAAUACACUGGUUUUUGAAUAAAUAUCUAUUUGAAUUACGAA